CAAGAAUCCACUAAAAAACAAAACAAAUCAAUCUCAUCAAGUCGACUAUCGUAGAAAAGUUUAUUCUUUUAUUUAGAUUGUUUUAGAAUAAAGUCACAAUAAUGAGCUAUGAAGAGAGGCAGAAAGCGCUCUUUGCUAGUUUGGAGUCAGCAGAGCAAGAAAUUUCGUCGGAAUCUUCCCUGCAUCAAAAGAAGGAUCAAGAUUACAGCCGUGAUCGUGAGGGAGUAAACUGCAGAAAUCGCGCCGAUCUUCGACGCGACCGAGCUGCAACACAAAAAUCUAUCCAGAAAUUCCGUGGCCGUGAAAGCAUUUUCAAGCGACCUUCACUUCCCAUCGGGAAGUGUUUGCCCACAUCUCGUGUGCCGGAUUUUAAGCGAAAUCCCCACAAGUGGACUAAAUAUUCAUUGGAAGAUGUGGAUACUAGCGACCGAAGUAACACGGCAGCUGCUUUUGCGUUUCUUCGGGAAAUGGAAGCUCAGAAGCGCGACGAAUUGAACACAGACGAAGAAGGCACUGGGGAAGGUUCAACCGCAUUCAAAGGGAAAGUUCGUUUCAAUCGCUCCUUGAAACUAAAAUCUCAGUUAGAAGAUCCCCCACCCACUGAAGAAGAGGAUAAACCAACGGUGAAAGGAACGAAAGUACUUAUGCCCGAGUACGUUGUUGGACAAAAAGCAAAAAAACCUAAACCAGCAAAGGCGUCAUCGAAACUAGCACGGAAUAAGGAACUUAAAUUGGAUCAUUUACUCGACGAGGAAGGCGAAGACGAUGGAGUGGAUUAGAUGAUAGGUAGGUGAAAAACCUAUAUUAAAAAGAAUACAUUGUACUAAUU